GCAGGCGGGAGUGGUGACGGUAUUUGCAGCGGGCAACAGCGGGGCCCCUCGAGGCAAGCCCUCGUCAUACCGCACUAUCCGCAACUUCUCGCCGUGGUACCUCACCGUCGGAGCCAGGCAAGCCCUCGUCAUACCGCUCUCUCUCCAACUUCUCGCCGUGGUACCUCACCGUCGGAGCCAGUAUCGAUACUUCUCCCAUCCGCCGCCCGUGUAUCUUUCUUCCAUCUUCCAACCCCACCAUCUGCACCAUCCCCUCCCUUCUCCUCUUCCCCGCUCCCCCGUCCUCUCCCUUUACGCCCCCCUUCUUAACCCCCCUCCUUACCCCUCUCCCCCACUCCCCCACCCUCCCACUCCCCACUCCUCCCUCUCUCUUCCAUACACCCCCUUGUGCACGCUGCAGCUCCAUCAGUCGAGUGUCAGCCAUAGACGGCAGUGCCACAGUGUUCUCAACACCCAUGAUACCACCACUGCCACAGCCAUGAACGACCCCGCUGCUGCUGCUGCCACCGCUCACCCGCCCACACUUGCCACGCGAGCUUUUGCUGCUGCUGCUGCUGGCAAUGGUGCUGCUGUUGUGCACGCGGUUAUGGCAGAGCAUGCGAAUGCCACCUCGACCGUCAACAGUGGUGCUGUGCCAUCCCUCACGCGUGUCACCCCGUUCGAACUCCCUGGAUCGCCAGCAGAGGCGCCCGUCAUCUCCCCCACCUCCUCCUGCGGCCCCCUCGUGCCCCUCACCUCCGCGCCCACGGCCCCCAAGCCCACUAACGACAUACUCAAGCCCGACAUCAUCGCACCAGGCGUGCAGCUGUGGGCCGCAUUCCCCCCACCGGAUCACUCCAUGACCCCCUCCUCGGGUUACUUCGCGCUGCUGUCCGGGACGUCCAUGGCGACGCCGCAUGUGGCGGGCGUUGCAGCGCUCAUCGUGCAGCAGCGGCCUGAUUGGUCCCCGGCGCAGGUUAUGUCUGCGAUUAUGACCACCGCGGCGGUUACCAGUAACCGCGGGCUGGCGAUAAGGAAUGACUACGGGAACGAUGCGAGUCCGUGGGAGAUGGGAGCUGGGCAUGUGCGUCCUGAGAGGAUUAUGGACCCUGGACUUACGUUUGAUGCGAAUGCGAGCGAUUAUGUGAAUUUCCUUGCGGGGCAGAGUUAUGCCCGGGCCAAGAAGCAGUUUCAGGGCACGGUUUUGCGGAAGAUUCGCGCGUGCGAUCUCAACCGUCCGGUGGUUUCCGUGUCGCGGUUGGUGGCGAGGAUGCGCGUGAAGACGGUGCAGGUGCUGUGGCACGGGCGCGAGCCCGUGCUGUCCGCGGACUUCCACCCGUCGGGCGUGCUCGCGACUGGCGGCGCGGAUAAGGAGAUUAAGCUGUGGCGAGUGGCGUCGGACGCGGCGGGCGAGGCGACAGUGGAGUUUGUGGCGGCACUGGCGCACCACAACUACGCCGUCAACGCCCUGCGCUUCUCCCCCUCCGGAGACGUUCUUGCGUCAGGAGCAGACGGGGGGGAGAUAGUGCUGUGGAGGCAGGUACAGACGCCCAAUGGUGCCAUUUGGAAGGUCUUCCGAGCUCUCAGUCGCCACGAGAGGGACGUGUUGGACCUCUCGUGGUCGCCGGACGGGCUGUUGCUAGCAUCGGGCUCAGUGGAUAACUCGGCCAUCGUCUGGAACCUCGCCCGAGGUCAAUCCUCUCCUUCCCCCUCCCUCCUCCUCCCACUUUCUUACACAUCAACCCUCCUCAUCACGCCUUCCCAGUCCUCUGUAGAGCCUGCCCUCAACCUCUUAAUCCCUCAUCCCCUCUACACCCCAAAUUCUCAACCCCUCAUUUUCUUAUCCCCUCACCCCCCGCUCCCCCUCGUGUGUCCAUCAGGGGUGCCAGAGGCGUUUCUCAAGGACCACGUGCACUAUGUGCAGGGCGUGGCCUGGGACCCACUCUCCCGCUUCCUCGUCACCUGCAGCGGCGACCGCACCUGCCGCGUCUACUCCCUCCCCUCGCCCCCUCCCACCACCGCCGCCGCUGCUGCUGGUGGUGGGGGUGGGGGUGUUGGGGUUGCGGCAGGAGCAGGGGGAGGCGGUGCGAAGGGAGGUGGAGGGGGCGGGAAGCAGCAGAAGGCAGCGGGUGUGGUGCGGUGUGUGCAUGUGAUUCAAAAACGGGACGUUCCCGCUGCUGCUGCUGCUGCGAUUGCUGUUGCAGGGGGGGAGGAUGGGGUUGCGGGGGAGGCAAACGGUGGGGGAAGAGGAGGGGGAGGGGGAGGCGAAGCAGAGGGUGGGAAAGAGAGAGGGGCGGACGCAGUGGGUGCAGCUGUCGAGGCAGAAAGGAGAGGGGGGGGAGGAGAGGCAACGGAGGUGGAGAAUGGGACAAAGGCAGAAGGCCCUAGCAAGGCAGUGCGGGUGCAUCUGUUCCACGAUGAGAACAUGCCCUCUUUCUUCCGCCGCCUCGCCUGGUCGCCCGAUGGUGCCAUGCUCGUCAUCCCUGCCGGUCCGCCUCCUCUCGCUCCCUCCUCCCCUUGCCACUCCGCGCCCCCCAUUGCCUCUCCUUGUCUGUCCUGGGUAUGGAAGGCGUCGCCGUGCGCCCCGCCCACCAACACGUGCUACGUCUUCUCUCGAUCCGACCUCACCAAGCCCGUCAUGCACCUCCCCUCGCUCAACAAGCCGCUAGUGGCAGUGCGCUUCUGCCCCCUCUUCUUCCACCCCUCCCCGCCCGCCCACUCGCCUGCACUCGCCCUGCCUCCACAUGUUCCUGAUGCCGCACCACCCACUGCUGCUGCUGCUGCUGCUGCUGCUGGGGACAAAGAGGAUGCGCAACAAGACCGGCACCAGCAGCAGCAGAACACACCACCGUCCCCCGCCUCCUCCUCCUCCGCCUCCCCCUCGCCUCUACCCGUGUCACUGCCAUACCGCAUGGUGUAUGCUGUGGCGUCCACCAACUCAGUGUGUCUCUACGACACUGCCACGCCGCGCCCCCUCGCCCUGCUCGGAGGCCUGCAUUAUGCUGCCAUCACGGACCUCGCAUGGGCACCGGACGGGCGGUGUCUGGUGGUGGCGUCACAGGACGGCUACUGCACCGUCGUCACCUUCACUGGCACCGACCUCGGCACCCCCAUGCUGCCCCCGGGACGAGCUCUAUUAUGUCCCAGGGGGGGCAUGUGUGCUCUCGUGACUAUUGACGCGCUGUGUGCUCUCGUGACUAUUGACGCGCUGUGUGCUCUCGUGACUAUUGACGCGCUGUGUGCUCCGCUCACGCAAGUGCAUGCCGCUGUGCCUCGCUCACUGCUGUUACAGUGGUCAAUUCCCUCUGUGCUUUCAUUCCACCUCCCUCGUUCUGUCCCUUUGUGCCGCCUCCCCUUGCGCCACCUCCCCGUGUGGUCACCAUCCCUCCCACCACCCAUCCCUCCCGCCACUCCUGUGAGCAGACCUACCAGCCCACCUGCUGCCACUGCUGCUGCUGCUGCUGCUGCUGCUGCUGCUGCUGCUGCUGCUGCUGCUGCUGCUGCUGCUGCUGCUGCUGCUGCUGCUGCUGCUGCUGCUGCUGCUGCUGCUGCUGCUCCCGCCCCUGCUGCUGCUGCCCCUGCAAUUGCUGCUGCUGCCGCUGCCACACCUGCCGUUGAUGCUGCUGUGGGCAAGGGUGAUGCUGCUGUUGCCGGUGAGAAUGCAGCUGCUGCAGUGGGGAACAGUGCAGCUGCUACAGGGGAGGGUGAUGCUGGUGAUGCUGGUGAUGCUGGUGAUGCUGGUGUGGCAAGGGAGCGUGAUGCACGUGCAUGCGCACCAGACUUGGGAGGCACCAAGGCUAAUGCAGACAAUCUGGAAGCCGAUGGUAAGCAGAGCGCUCAUACUGAGUCUGCAAAUAUGGAAGCUGGCAGGCAGGCUGGAGAGAACGGAAGUGUGGCACAGGUAUGGGUUGCUGGUGCAGCAGAAGUAGGGACGGGGGAGCUGCUACAGCAGCAGCAGCAGCAAGUGGAAGAGAGCGAGGAGGCAGCAGAGAGAGGUGGGUCACAGCAGCAGGGUGUGAAGAGGCCACGAGAGGAUGACAGUGGGGAGGAAACAAGGAAGGCAGUGGAAGGCCAGGCAGAUGAAGGUUGA